AGGGCCAAAAUGGUAAAUUUACGAAGCCUAUGAGUGAAUGAAUAAUUAAGCAAUGGCGUGUACUGUGAGCAAAAGUCUUCAUUCACACUCCUUUCCAGAGUCCAUUUAUCUUCUUCCCCGUCUACCGUUUCUCCUUAUCUCCUCAACUUAUUUUGGAUUCUAGAAUUCCGGGAUCGAGAAUCUGGCGGGAAUUGUUUUACAAUCUCGAGCUGUGAUCGUCGAUUUUUAGCGCACCUUUCGAGCUUUGGUCGUGAUACGGCCUAAUUUUUUGUAUCUUUUAAAAGGCGAUAUGGGGUCGUUGCAAGGACCAGUUGUUUGCCCUACUAUUUGUGCGAAGCAAGCAGGGUUUUGUUCUUUGCCAAUCAAUCGUUCUUUAAUGGCUUUUAGUUUUCGAAGAGGUCAAUUAUGGGGAUUCACGGGAAUCAACGGAUUGAAUGCUAAGUUACCGGCUAUUUCUCUCAAACGUUGUACUAGAAAAUGCAAGACAUUGCGUUGCAGCUUUAGUUCAUCAUCUGACGACAAUGGAAGUACAGCCGAGAACUUCAACGAGAAAAAUGAAGAAUAUGUUGAAUCCAGCGUGGUCGAGGCCGUUGAGGUGAAAAGUGGUGCGGAUGGUUUCGUGAUUAAAAUGAGGGAUGGUAGGCACUUAAGGUGUGUUCACAACAACCCUCAUGGCGGGCAUCUGCCUGAUUAUGCUCCACAUCCUGCAAUUGUGUUGAAGAUGGAAGAUGGAACUGGUCUUCUUCUUCCCAUAAUCGUGUUGGAAAUGCCGAGUGUGUUGCUUAUGGCUGCUGUGCGCAAUGUUCCAAUUGCUAGACCAACUAUGUAUCAAGUGGUAAAGGAGAUGAUUGACAAGAUGGGCUAUGAAGUCAAACUUGUAAGGGUCACAAAGAGAGUACAUGAGGCAUAUUUUGCUCAGUUAUACCUCUCAAAGAUUGGCUGUGAGACCGACUGCCUCAGCUUUGAUCUCCGACCUUCAGAUGCAAUAAACAUUGCAGUCCGAUGCCAGGUGCCAAUUCAAGUGAACAAGUAUCUUGCAUUCAGUGAUGGUAUGAGAGUUGUUGAAAGUGGGAAGCUGUCAACUCAGGCUCUGGCUACGGAUGGUUUAUUAUUCACUGAACUGGAUAGGCCUAGUGGUCAGCCUUGUGUUGAAGCUAAAGAGUUCAAUCUCGUGAGGAACAUGCUGAUUGCUGCUGUUGAAGAGCGCUAUAGAGAUGCUGCUCAAUGGAGGGACAAGCUCAAUCUCCUGAGGGCUAGGAGGAAUUUGGCAUAACAAGAGUUACUCCUGGAGAUAGCAUACCUGUACAUAGAACGGAAUUGUUCAUGGCUGAGGUCGGUUUGCGUGGGUGAACUACAUUACCUCUGGCCUCUUCUACUUGCAUUAUGUAUUUAGCAACUCUGUGAAUAUACAUAUCUAUAUAUAUAUAUGUAGAUAGAAUUUGGUGGUUUUGGGUCAUUGGAUGCGUUAUUUGUGAAAAAUGCAUGAAAUAACCAAUUUGCUUUGAUGUUCCACAAUCACAAAGAUAGAAUUUGUGAAUGAACUACAUUGCUUAUUUAUAGCAGUGACAUGAUCGCCAAGAGUCCCAUUGUAUAAGAUAGGUAUAUAUUAUUUAUCAAAAGAUGAUCCUUUUAGUUUAA